GAGAGGCCCCUGUCAUCACUGUCAGUAUCAUCAUCAUCAUCGUCAUCAUGGAAUGGAUUCCUCUGGAAGAUUCUAGGAAAAUAAAGAGAUGGAUGGGGAGACACGUAGAUCUCUCGCUUCUUGCUCCUCCGUCCAUCUCUCUCCCUCCGCUUUUCCCUUCCUCUCCUACUCCUCCCAUUUUCUCCCCCUCCCAUCUUCCCCCUCCCUCGAUUCCCCAGUGUAUCUCCCAGAACCCAGAGCGGAUCGCUGGCCCUCCCGCGCAUGCCCACGGUUGGAUGCCAGCUGGACCGCGGGUCCGAAGAUCCAGCUCCGAGCCAGGGAUCAGCCCCAGUGGCUGCUCGGCUCUGUUGCCAGGUCCAGCUCAGUGGCGUGGACACUGUUCCCUGGGGCUGAGAUUCUCUGGCUGCAAAGCCCAGCUUCUCCUGGCAGAGACUCGGGAAAAGAGAGCGCCAACGCUGAGCAUGCUUCUUUCUUCCCUCUCAGUGUUUCUGCCCCAGGGCGCAUGUGGAAACAUGAGGGGGUUUGUGCCUGCAGGACGUGAUGCUUCAGGACUCCCUGGUCCAUCACCAUUUAUUCUGAAGCUGCUCCUGUCAGUGAAUGAUUUUCUGUGGCUUGGAGUCCAUUGGAAAGGUACAGUGGAGCUUCCCGGGGGCUCCACGACGUGCGACACCACAGCAGACCGAGGGCAGAAGUGCUUGCGGGGACCCGGCUCACUUGUGUUGAGCCAGACGCUGAGCCUGAGGUGCUGUGUUCGGCCUCUGUCAUCUGUCAUUAUCCUGCUGAGACUUGUUGCCAAGCUGGGGCUCAGAGGUUCCAGGGCAGCUCACUUCCUGCCGAGGCAACCAACAGACACCGCCCAGGUACCACUACCCACACAAGAACGAGUAGGGAGACUUCCAGACCACCAAAGGGUCAUGGGCCUCGUCACCAUCACUGACCGCUUGGCCAAGGACUGGCUGCAGAUCGAGGAGCUACCUGUGCAGAGGAGCUGUGUGGCAACACGCAGGACAAUUCGUGGCUCUUCGUCUUUGUGCUGAAGGGCGAGCUCACAGAGCAGCUGUGCAAUGAUGUGGCCUUGUACCCCAGCUACGAGGACUGUGGGAAGGUGGAGAAGAGGAUCAAGGACUUCAUCAAGUCGCUCUUUAUCGUGCUCGAGUCCGAGCACCUGGACAGGGCCACCAACAAUUUUGGGGACAAGAUCCCCCUCCUCUGCAUCUCAUUUAAGAAGGACUUGGUGGGACUGGACACAGACAGCAGUGUAAGAAUGCCGGUGACUCAGUUAGAAGCAUGCUUCGAAGCUGUCCGUGUCCUUGCCAUCCAGAAACGGAGCCUGGAAGCUUCCAAAUUUCUCAGAAUGUGGUUUACUUUCACCUUCUACAGACUGAAUAUGGAUAAUCUGGAGCCUUGGAAAGGGACCGAGAUGGAAUUACUGCAGGGGGAUCCAGAUUCCAGAUUCAUUCCUUUGCCUGCAGAUACCCAGGUGUCCCUGCACCAUUCGUUGAAUAGACUAUUCUUUCAAUGGAGUGUUGUUGGCACCCUUGUGGAAAACUGACUGUAAACCUUUUUAAAGUCAUCACUGGAGUGCUACCUUCAGAGCAUCCCAAAUCAUCCACCACUGCCUGUUCUUCAGACACUGUAAGUUCCCAAGUUGGAGAAGGCUGCUGGCUGUUGAGGCAUUCUCUGGCACAUCUCUGGCUGGCUGAUGUGGGCUUCGCACCCAAGACUUGGCAGACAGUAACUAACCACGAUCACGUCCAUUUCUGGGACACUCAUGGAGGAUUUUAGACCUAUGCUAGUGGCAUACGUUAUUUCAUUUAGUUUUCCCAACAAUCAUAAUUAGAUUUUAUCACCUGUAUUAAUAAGGAAACUGUCAAAGCGAGUGACAUGCAGACUUCGGACUGGAACUCGGGUCUUUCUGAUCCCUGUCUCUAUUCCCUCCGCGGCCUAUCCUUCCAGAUGGCCAGGAGACUCUUCCUCUGUCUUGAGUUUCCUGCUGAUGUUACCACUAUCUUUGUUUCUAGGAGAGGAAAAGAAGUCUCAACUUACUUUCCAGUUGGAAAUGGAAUGGAGAGUUAACGUUGGAAGCCGGGAGAGUCUGUCCUGUGAUGAAGCGGUCUCCGAGCCACUUCCACUGGGACGUCACAUCACUGUCUGGGCCCCUUGCACAGCCUGUGCACAGCGUUCCGAGGAGAGAAUUCAGCAGUGCAGCAUCGUCUCCGAGCUCUAUGAGUUGAUCGGCUUCUACCGCAAGUCCGCCUUCUUCAAGCGGGUGGCCCCCGUGCAGCGCGCGGCCCCCGGCAUCCCGGAGCCUGGCGGGAAGGCCUGCUACCGACUCCUUCUGCAGACGCUUCCUGGCUACAGUUUGUCGCUGGACCUGCAGGACUUCAGCAAAGGUGUUGGAACUAAAACAUUGCUUCAGUCCCAUUAACCAUGCCUGGUUUGGGCCCUGCUGUCCUGUCUCAUCAGGGUGAAUUCUGAUUCGUGCAGAACAGGGCUCUGCAGACUUUUUCUGUCAAGGGCUUGGGAAUAACUAUUUCAGGGACUGCAAACCUCCUGAUCUCUGGUGCAGCUGCUCAGCUCUGCUGUUCAGACGCCAGAGCAGCCGGACAAUCCACACAGCCACAGAGCUUUAUUCACAGCAGUGGCUGGGGCCGGAUUGGGUGUGUGAACUGCAGUUUGUCCCCACAGCCCCCUCACUAUUGACGCCUGCACCAGAGCGUGCAUUUGCGACAAUGGGUGAACCUACACUGACACGUCAUCAUCACCCAGAGCCCAGACUUGACACUAGGAUUUACACUUGGUGGUGUGCACUCUGUGGGUUUGGACAGAUGUGCAAUGUCAUGUAUCCACCGUCACAGCAUCAUACAGAGUAGUCUGUCUUAGUGACCUUAAAAUGCUCCGUGCUGCACCUCAUUCAUUGCUCCUUCCCCUCUAGCCUCUGACAGCCACUGAUCUUUUAGUCUCUGUGGUUUUCCCUUUCCCAGAACACCAUACAGUUGGAAUCAGACAGUUGCGGAACCUUCCCAGAUUGGCUUCUUUCACUUAGUAAUAAGCAUUUAAGGUUCCUCCAUGUCUUUCCAUGCCUUGAUAACUCAUUUCAUUUUAGCACCAAAUAGUAGUCCAUUUUCUGCCUGGACCACAGUUUAUCCAUUCACCUACUGAAGGACAGCUUAGUUGCUUCUGAGUUCUGGUGAUUAUGAAUAAAGCUGCUAGUAACAUCUGUAUGCAGAUUUGUGUGUGGACAUAAGUUUCCAUUUCAUCGAGUAAACCCCAAGGAGCACAGUUGCCGGAUCGUAUGGUAGGAGUACGUUUAGUUUUGUAAAAAAUUGCCAGACCACCUACCAAAGCAUCUGGGCCCUUUUACAUUCCCACCAGCAAUGCAUGAGAAUUCCUGACGCUCCACAUCUUCACCAGCAUUCGGUGCUGUCAGUGUUCUGCGUUUUGGCAGUUCUGACAGGUGUGCAGUGGUACCUCGCUGUUUCAGUCUGCAUCCCCUUGAUGACAGAUGCUGUGGAGCAUCUUUCCAUAGACUUCUUUGGCAUCUAGAUUUCUUCUUGGAUGAGGUGUGUGUUCAGGCAUUUUGCUCAUUUUUUAAUCAGGUUGUUCAUCCUUCUUGUUGAGUUUAAAGAGAUUUUGGUGUAUUCUGGAUAUCAGCCCUUUAUCAGUGUGCCCCUGCCCUUCACCUGCAGCACCGGAGUUGUCCUUUUGGUCUCAGUGGAGUGUCAGCUCUUCAAAGAGGUUCCCUGUCUUCCCUCAGCCUAAAUACUGUCCUUGUAUUUUUCACUUUCAUUGACUCAUUUUGUUCUUUUUAAAUAGAAUUUCCCAUAAAUUGUAAGUACAUGAAAUAAAAAAAGGGCAAUGAUUGAACACCGCCUCCCCCGCCAGUCUGUGUGCCCUGUGAGAGCAGAGGCCCUGUCCCCACUCACCGUGUCCCAUGACAACACAUGGCACAUGUCCAUGUAAAAUUGUGUAGUGUGGGGCCAAACCUGAUGAGCAGCUAUGAUGACAUGUGUUGGCUACCAUUUAUUGAAUAGAGUUUGUUUCUUGAUCUUAAUUAUUAUACCACAUGAAUGAAACAUGUUUCUUUUGAAAAAUAAAACAACAAAGCACACCUCCAUGUGAUUGGUACUUUCUACUUAGCCUUCUGAUCCAGGAGAGGACGUUCACCAUCAUUUUGUGGAGGAGGUUGGGGAGGUAAAGUAAGAGAGUGAGAUCAAAUAAAGUAAAAAUGAUAACUGUUAUCAGCUGGCUUUAUUUUCACUAAGACAUAAAAGUUACUUUAAACCAUAUCUCAGCUGUUGUUCUGUUGUUUUAAACAUUUCUCAUAGAAUUAAGUGAAAGCCCACUAAUCCCUGAAAGGGAAGUUGUGUGCUCAGGUCCUGAAAAGUGUUUAUGUCUAUUUCUUGAAAUGAAUAUUUUCCCUGCUGGUUACAGAAAGUCGAUGCUGGAACACAGCUGUGCUCUGUGUGUGUCUGCCGGCUUCAUGGGCUGCUCACAGUCAUUUUCAUUUUCUUGUGUUGAAGUGUAUGAAGGUUUUCCAUCAGAUAUUUUGCUCAGCCUUUUCCUAAAUGAGGGGUUGAAUUUUCCACAGGAAAUCUUAUGAAAGAGAGUGACAAGGCACAUGCGUUUCCCAAAAAGCAAUAGUUCAUGUAAUAAACUCUCACAUUGGUGAACUUUUUUAAUACAAGCGAGGAGAAAAUUUUAUCUCUGGGUCAUAUGCCACAAGUCUGUCUUAAGAAAAAUAGAUUCAAAUUUU